GCUGAGGAGAAGGAGAAGAUCCAGAAGGCCGACAAGAACAUCGCGACCGUCAUCGUGACCAACGUGUGCUUAGAGACCGCCGACCCGCUGCCGGUGACUGGCGCUGGUGAUUGGCAGGGGCCGCCGCGGCUGGAGGACUCACAGGCAGCGGCAGGUCCACCGCCCACAGCUUCGCCAGAGGAGGAUCCUGAUGCGCCGUCGCCCCUGACAAGGGCCCAUGCUGCGAGCUUGAAAGCCCGAGUGAAGAUGGCCACGUCGGGCGGCCGAUUCGCGAGGCUGAGGCGUGGGGCGGUGGCCGAUCCCGAACUCGAGCGUGCCCCCCGAGCGGAGCGUGUGCCUGACGGGAUGUACGCCCUGCUCCCAGCCAUACCUGCUCAUCAUAAUCUCAAGAUGCCUGUCCUCAACAAGAUGAAGACCAGGAACCUGGUUGACCUGUACUCCUUCACAGAUGACUACCUGGACUCUCUGAAGGCGAACUACGACGUGAGGUGCGGCGAGUUCUCCCCGUUCCGCAGCGCGUGCGGCGGCGGCGGCGGGAUCGAGCAGACGCUCUUCGACCGCGUGAACGGGCUCCGCGUGAGCCUCGGCUACGCAGGGAUAGACGCGCCGGGAACGGCCUUGACGCUGUUGGCUGGGGCGCUCGAGCAGAGGCUGGGCAGGGAGACGGGGUCUUGCAAGCCGAACAUCGUUUACGCAGUGGAGAGUAACGCUGAAUGCCGCAAAGAGCUGCUACGAUCGCCAAACCCACCAAAGUGCAUGUUCGAGAACUACGAGGACAUGUUCAAGGCGGCCCCUGCUGCCCACGAGCUCAUCAAGAAGGGCAAGAUCGUGAGUCUCGAGUCGAUGAUGGAGGUCAUCAAGAGUAAGAAGGGGUUCCAGGUGAUGCAGAGUUGCACGAUCUGCAAAAACGUCCACCCAGUGCCCAACACGGAUAUCCACAUCGCGGGCUUCUCUUGCGUACCCUACGCCGCCCCCGGCAAACAGGAGAAGACGGAGAGCAAAGAGGUUAUCGCAUACGCCGGGAUGUCGGUGUCGAUACUGAGCGCUAUGGAGCCCCCGAAGGUCGUGAUCCUGGAGAACAGCAGCCAGCUGCCGAAGAGCGUCGUCCAGGACGUCUACGCCCCCGAGUACAUCGUCCAAUCGAUGGUUUUGGAUGGGACGAUGUUCGGCUGGCCAGGCCGUAGGUCCAGGUUCUACGCUGUCUUGCUCCGCGCGGACCUGAGCCCCGAGCUGACAGCCACCAUGCAGUCUGUCAUGAUGCCGUUGUUCGCCCGUGAGUGCCUGACUACCUUCAAGCACUUCUUCUGCGCGCAGGAGGCGUUUCCCGAGGAGCUGAAGGCGGAGUGGGAGUGGGCGCGCAGCCGCAAGCAGGUGAUUGAGCACCGCGGCCCUAUUCGCGAGGCCGAGAGGAUCAGUCCGCUCUGCUUCCGCAGCACGCUGACGCCCAACGAGCUGCAUAAUCUGGAGAACUACGAGCAGAGGUACCAGACUGGCUGCGUCUGCUCGCUGAUCCAGAUGGUCGCUGCAGGCAGGGGCCACCAGUCUACCACGCAGGUGCUGCGCAGCAUCGUGAGGAACCCCAGCCUCCACUUCAACACCGGUAUGCCGCAUCGUUGGUUGACGCCCUCCGAGCUCUUGCCGGCGCAAGGGUUCCCGAUGUGGCCAGCACUCAGCCGCCCGAAGGGAGCCAGCUUCCGCGCAUGCUCUUUCGUGCGCGACCCCUGCGAGCAGGAGAAGCCCAAGCGCAAGAGGCUGGACAUGAUGAAGCAGGCGGGGAACACGAUGCAGGUCCCCGUCAUUUCAGCGGUGGAGAUCUACGCGUUGCUGUUCUGCAACGUCUGGCCGAACGCCCAGCAGGUCGAGGAGGAGAAGCAGGGCGCCAAUGCCCGCGCUGUCAUGCGCGCCAGUGGCUUCGACGGCGGUGAGCCGUGA